GCCUCGGUGUAUCGAGUGCGCUGCUGCGGCACCCCCGGCUCGCCGCCGGGCGCCCUCAAGCAGUUCCUGCCGCCCGGAACCACCGGGGCCGCGGCCUCCGCCGCCGAGUAUGGUUUCCGCAAGGAGAGGGCGGCGUUGGAGCAGUUGCAGGGACACCGGAACGUCGUGACUUUGUAUGGAGUCUUUACAAUCCACUUCUCUCCAAACGUGCCAUCACGUUGUCUGUUGCUUGAACUCCUGGAUGUCAGUGUCUCGGAAUUGCUUUUAUAUUCCAGUCACCAAGGUUGUUCGAUGUGGAUGAUACAGCACUGCGCUAGAGAUGUUCUCGAAGCCCUUGCUUUUCUUCAUAAUGAGGGUUAUGUCCAUGCAGACCUCAAACCACGCAACAUAUUGUGGAGUGCAGAGAACGAAUGUUUUAAACUCAUUGACUUUGGACUUAGUUUCAAAGAAGGUAAUCAGGAUGUAAAGUAUAUUCAAACAGACGGGUAUCGAGCUCCAGAAGCAGAACUGCAAAAUUGUUUGGCCCAGGCUGGCCUGCAGAGUGAUACAGAGUGUACCUCAGCUGUUGAUCUGUGGAGCCUUGGAAUCAUUUUACUGGAAAUGUUCUCAGGAAUGAAACUGAAACAUACAGUCAGAUCUCAGGAAUGGAAGGCAAACAGUUCUGCUCUUAUUGAUCAUAUUUUUGCCAGUAAAGCAGUGGUGAAUGCCGCAAUUCCAGCCUAUCACCUAAGAGACCUUAUCAAAAGCAUGCUUCAUGAUGACCCAUGCAGAAGAAUUUCUGCUGAGCUGGCAUUAUGCAGCCCAUUCUUUAGCAUUCCUUUUGCCCCUCAUAUUGAAGAUCUGGUGAUGCUUCCUACUCCCGUGCUAAGACUCCUGAAUGUGCUGGAUGAGGAUUAUCUGGAGAAUGAAGAGGAGUAUGAAGAUGUUGUAGAAGAUGUAAAAGAAGAGUGUCAAAAAUAUGGACCGGUGGUCUCUCUGCUUGUUCCAAAGGAAAAUCCUGGAAGAGGACAAGUCUUUGUCGAGUAUGCAAAUGCUGGUGAUUCCAAAGCUGCUCAGAAAUUGCUUACAGGAAGGAUGUUUGAUGGGAAGUUUGUUGUGGCUACAUUCUACCCACUGAGUGCCUACAAGAGGGGAUAUCUGUAUCAAACCUUGCUUUAAUCAGUAACCGGAGGACAGUUUCCUGUUUCUCCUCUUCCAUUUCCUGAGUUAUUGUAUUCCACAUCUGAAUGCAGGAGUACCCCUGACCAUUUAUAAGGGUACUUUGUACACUUAUGUAAUCCUACUGAUGUGCUGUCAUUCCCCGGGCAGUGACUGCAUUGCAGACCUUCGACCCUGAGGAGGACAAGACUAUACUCGGCUAUACUUUGAGGGUCUUAGAGCACCCCCGUGGACAGCCUUUAUUGUGCAGUAGGGCAGGUGCUGCUCUUCAAUAUGUAACCUAAAAUGAUAUUAUUUCCUGUGAUCCUGAAGCAAGGGUGACUAAUAUCAUGUCAUAAUGAAUAGUACUAAUGGAUUUGUUAGGGCUGGUGACAUCACUUAAGAGAUAAUUCCUUUAUGUUGUCUGAUGGUUCUUAUCGCUGGUCCAUGGCUGGCACUGGAUUUGCUCUGUAAUGCUAAGUAAUUGUCAAACAGCAAUUACCUAUGGUUCUUAACACUGAGUUGUGAAAUUUUUAAAAGGAGUACUAUAGUCCUGACUAUUCCUUUAAAGAAACUGCAGUGAGCCUAUCUACCUUUUUUUAAAUUAUUAUUACAGCUUUUAAAAUAGAAAGCUGAUGCUUGAUCUUGCACAAUUUUUAUGUCUAGGAUGUAUGCUUGAGUGUGUGUGUUGGUGUGAGAGGUUAGAGAACAUUGGAGCCUACGUACCUGAUCGUGUGAGUUUUGUAAGAUAAGACAGUCUGUACUUAUCCUUUCCCUACCUGUUUCAUACCUGUACUUUUUGAGAGAUGGUCUUUCUGCUAUACCAUACAUGACAAAAUAGUUCAUUUCUUCGAGGCUGAGAAAAACAGGAGUUUAGAUGGUAGCUGGUUGAAUUGAAACUGAAAGUGAAUCUUUAGAAACAGACAAGGUUCCCUUCGGGUAACUGGUGCCAUCCUUUCAUCUACUCUGGUCCCUGUUUUUUUAAUACUGAAUCGUCUCUGAACCUCAGAAGAGUUCUUGGUAUAUGGUCUCAUUUUCUCCUCCUUAUCCUUACAGGAAAUAGAAGUGAGACGAACAAUAUCCCAAUUAGUCUGACCUUUGACCCCAAGGACAGUUAGGAAGUGGAAGUCGAAAGGAAGGGGGGGGAACCUAAGGGAGUCUUGAGGCCCCUAGCAGGUUAAUGCUUUCCUGAGCAGAGGACUCAGAGAUGAGUCCCAGGUCUAAAUCAUUGUAAUUACAGAUUCCUGUCCCUUUAUGGUAGUUUGCCUUAGAGUCUAAAAAUUAGCUUUCCAUCAUAAAACCCUAGACAUACAAUAAAAACAAAAAUACAAAAGAUAACUUAUAUAAAGAUUAUGAAUGUUUUCCUGUUUCUUUCCUUUUUGUGUGCUGUGUGGGUUACUGAAUGGACAGUUAGAUUUUACAUUUUAGAAUUUGCGUUUUAUUUCCAUUACUUUCAGCUGUCAAACUAUUCAGGACUCUCCCUUAAUAUUGUCAUAAAGCCAACUUAGGUUUAAGAACGUCUAUUUACAAACCGCCGACAAUCGCAUGGUUCCUGUGGGUGAGUAGUAGUAUGCAGCAGGCUUCCAUUGUGUGCCCUGUGAAGAUUUGUUUCAUUCUAGCCUUUUCAGAGGUUGGUGGGUUGGUUUGUUUUCAGAUAAAAAUUUACAGGGAGAGGAUAUACCCAGUUUUUGUGGAAACUUAAGCUUUCCUAAAACAUAUGUUUGUAUGGGAGGCAACUUCCAUGAUGAUUAGAAACACCAGAUCCUACAUAUGAACACAGAAUUCAAAUGAAUCCUAGUCUGGGUUUAGGGCGUCCUUGGUGGCACAAUUUAAGUACUCAGCUGCUCACCAAAAGGUGAGCAGUUCAAACCCACCAGCUACUGUAUGGGGAAAAGAUGUGGCAGUCUGCUCCUGUAAAGAUUUACAGCCUUGUGGGAACCCUUAGGUGGCAAUUCUGUUCUGUCUCAACGCAGAGUCUCCUGCGUGGCUAGCAUUCGUUUCUUGCCCUCUAGGUUAGCAUAUGUACCUUUCACAUCCUCUCGCCACCAUUACCACCCAAAAAAGAGGAAAAAUUUUACCAAUAACUUCAGGUAUGCCUCUAAGCUUACUGAUACAAUAUGCUGCUAACAUCUUGCUGGUGAAUUCCACAGCAUUCUUUGAUCAUCUUAUUGCUUAUGUAUUCAUAAAUAUAUGUGUAGAAUUUUAUUGCAGAAGGUGUU